UGGUCUCAUCUCAUUGUGGUUCGAGACGCGACACGAGAUGUACUUGGAGGACAACGCCUGCUGUUACCAGCACGUGCAUGGCUCGCCCCUGCCGUCGGACGACGAGUCGGCCGUCUCCCUGGACAACAUCGGACACACGAUGACACACUUUGUACACAACUUCCCCGUGUUCCAAAACACAUCAGCAGACAUGAACUUCAUCUCUGAAGACUUUGGACACUUGGGACUGAAGAGGGAGGUGGACUUUUACCCCAGCAACGCCGAGCAGAACGAGUUCGAGGAAAGUUCUUCCGAGACGAGAAAUCAGAUCCUAAUGUCGCAAAAUGAGUGCUUGGAGAUGUACCAAGAAGAGCAAGAUCUUCAGCUCGAGAACGACGCAGAUAGCGACGUUGAAGAGCUCAUCGACGAGGAUGAAGAUGAGGAAGACUCAGGUAGCAACAUUCUGCGCUGCAAGUGGACCAACUGCACCCUGACUUUUCCCGACCAGAAGGCCCUGGUGCGCCACAUCGAGCGCUUCCACGUGAUGGAGGCCAGGAGGGGCUCCUACGAAUUUGCGUGCCACUGGAAAAACUGUCCCCGCUCCUGCAGACCGUUCAACGCGCGCUACAAACUGCUCAUCCACAUGCGCGUGCACUCCGGAGAGAAGCCCAACAAGUGCACGUGGCCGAGCUGUGGAAAGGCAUUCUCGCGUCUGGAAAACCUGAAAAUCCACCAGAGGUCACACACGGGCGAGCGGCCCUAUUUGUGUCCAUUCCACGGCUGCGCCAAGGCCUUCAGCAACAGUUCGGACAGGGCCAAGCACCAGCGGACCCAUUUCGAGCCGAAACCGUACGCGUGCAAAAUCCCGGGCUGCAGGAAGAGGUACACAGACCCCAGCUCGCUCAGAAAACACACAAAAAACCACAGCACCGGACGCUUGCGGAAAACGCUGUUGGAUGACGUCGUCAUCGAAGAUACACAAUCUAAACCUGCAGUGGCGCCGCAAACCACCCCUCUGCCACCCCUGGAGACGAUCAUGAGACCAAGUGAGGCGUUUUCGGCCAACGCGACCAUCGGCUACAUGGACGAAUACCUCGGCUCUGACGCCUUGCAAACAGAUUACAGCUUGCCAGACUCAAAGAUCGACACAAGUUUCGACCCGGUCAUGCUGGACCCUUUGCCUUUCGAGGCGGUGAAAAGACUUCUGGAAGAGGAGGAACCCUCAGCAGAUUUUGAGUGUCCCAUUGACAUGUUCCCCAUGCAGCAGCAAUUCCAGCACUCCUUCCAGAGUUUUGCCACGACGACCGGCCCUUCGUAUCGAAGAGAUUUCGGAAUGUAGUUUGUUGUGCUUUCCAAAGAUUGAAGAGUAGUGUAUUUAUUGUUUUGAAAGAUCUCUGUUGGCAUUAAAUUGAUCUCUCGCGCGUCUUUCUGUAUAUAUUUUGUAAAAGAUUAUAUUUUUUGACUGAGCCCUUUUGGAUUUUUGAGUGAAUAAAUAUGCCAUUUAUUAUUUUGCAAAU